AUGGAGGACUUCAGAAAUAUUGCUGAUGAGACGUUUCCAAGUUUCUUGGGCCAUUCACUGAAUAGCAGUGCAAGCGUCAUUUUGGAAAAUGUUACUGUUUUCUCAAACCCUGGCCUACCCGUUGCAGCUUCAACUGUUGCCAGGGGUGAAAUGGGCCGUAACAACAGGCUUUCUGAUGUCUGUGCAUCCUAUUUAGAAGGGAAACAUUUGUCUCCAUCAGGAUCUUCUCACAGUAGCCAGGCAGAUCCUGAGCCAGUGGGAAGACUUGCCCUCAGCUUUCAUGAUGACACGGAAGCUGCUACACUAAUUGAAGAAGAACAGCCAUCUUCUGGUAGUUUAAAAGAACCCCACUUGAUAUAUGGAAAACAAGAUCAGAAUGGCACUGAGCGUUCAAAUCACCCUCAAGAUUUGCCAACUGGAAUGUGUUUUCUUCCAGAUAGUAAGAAAAACAAGGUUGGUCCAUCUGAACUUGAAGGUGAAGUCUUAAGUGAUCAUCUUAGCAGUAGCCUUUCAAGUUUUUUGGAAAAUGAGAAACUGUCAUCUCUUGCAAGCUCAGAAGGAGAUUCCACUAGUGAUGAUAUUGAUGAUGAAGAGUUCCUUGAUAACCAGUUAGAAGCCUAUUUUGAGCAGCUGAUGCAGUCAGAAAUGACAAGAGGAGACACCAACAUACAGAAACUCUCAGAACGCUGUACAGCACUGAAACUUUCUGAAGAUGGCUUAUUUCAAGAGAGAUUUCAGGUUCCUGACACUUACCAGGCUGUGGCAGGAGUAGACUCUGGAAAUGCUAGUGAUGAAGAUUCACCAAAUCAAGAGACAACUAGAUGUCCUGUACAAAGAGGAACACUGCCCAGGGCAGUACAGCAACUGAAUUCUGUGACUACUGGAGAUCCCUACUCUGCUGCUGAGUUGCAGUUAGAUUCACAGUAUCUUCAGUGCAUGGAGAGCCGUAAAGCUGGUGUCUCAGAUGCCCUUCCAAAGCAAGAAACUCAGUCCUCUGAGCGUCAGGCUGUUGAUUCUGAAGGACUACACACAGCAACUGGAUUUUUAGGGCACCAAACGUCUCCUAAAGUUCUCUUUAGUGCAAAUGUUUCUCAGACAAAUACAACUGAAUAUGGAGUCAGCCUUGCUGAAACUUACUUGUCUCCAACUCCAGACAACUGUGAGAACAUAAGUUUAGCUACAACAGACAAAGGUGAUGUACCACACAGCAUUGUCUAUCAAAAUGAAGAGGGCAAGUGGGUAACUGAUCUUGCAUAUUAUACUUCAUUUGAUGAAGAACAAGAUUUAAAACUGUCUGAAGAUGAUAAAAUAAAUGAGUUCAUAACUGGAUCUGAAGCAGCAGCUAUGAUUGCACAAGACCAGGAAGAAUUUGAGAAAGCACACAGACUUGUGCAGGCAUCAAGAGCAGACAGUCUAAAUGCAUCCGAAUUCGCAGAUACUUCCUGGAAAUCUGCCAACAGCUGCAUUCUGCAGCAAAAAUCUGAUUUUGAUAAAGAUGCCAGUUAUUUACGUUUGUCUUUGGGGGAGUUCUUUGGUCAGAGAUCUGAGGCUCUUGGUUGUCUUGGUGGAGGCAGUGAUGUGAAACGGCCAUCUUUUGGUUACUAUAUUACAUCUCCAAAGAAAAGGCAACCGGUUGCUUUGCUGAGGCAAUCUGAUUCAUCAGGAGGUGACAGUGGCCAAGAGACUUCGCAAUUGUCUGAGGUAUUUCAAGAUGACUUAAAAGCACAAACAAAACAACAUGUAAAUUCUACCAGCUGUGAAGAUGCAUGGCAGAUGAUGGAGGUUGCAGCUCAGAUACCUAAAAGCACUAAUACAGAAGCUACUAUCAAAAGUAAAGCAAAGGAUGGAAUUCAUAAUGACAAAUCUGAAGAUGGCUCAUCUAAUCAUUUUGACUCUGUCCUGAGUAUUAGCACGAUUGCCUCUGCCAUUGCUGAUGCUUCCUCCAGUGCUGAUCCUUCACAGCUAGCUGCUAUGAUCAUAGGACUCUCUAAUAAAACUAAAAGAACAUGUUUCCGUCCUGAAAUUGUUAAAGAGAUGGAACUUUCUGCUGAUCCAGUAUCGCACAGCAAUGUGGAAAACUGUGCGUUUGAUAUGGAAAAGUAUAUAAAAAAAACAGAUGAGACUGGACAUGAAAGUGAAUAUGAGAGUAUUGUGAAACAUGAAGCAUCUGUCCAGAACCUUGUGCUUGAGAGCUUUCUACUGGAUAAAGAUGAAAUUAAGGAUACUCUUGCUGACAGCAAGCAGCAAGAAAUAAAGAAAAGUUUUCUGGAUAAUUUUAAUGAAGAAAAUAAUCAGAAUUUUUCUAGUGUUUCUGAUGUUCUGAACUGCGAAGACACAACAGCAAAUAGUGCUAAAUAUUCAGAAAAGUUGACAGAUUUAGUAAACAGUAAACAUUUACAGUCAAUGAAUGCUGAUCUAAGAUCAGAUAUGCUCCAUACCAGGACCUCACCUACUGGAAACAAAGUGUUGAUGUGUGGAAUUCCUUUAGCAGCACAGGGAAGUUCGCUUGACUACGAGACCAAUGAGCUCACUAUUAUUGGGGAAGACGUGGAAACGAUGUAUCAAGAAACAAGUGCUGAACUGUGUAAUGAUUUGGAGGAGAGAAAUAUGGGAAAUAAUGUGUUACUCAGCAACUUAAAAUUACCCAAGCAAUCUAGUAAAUAUGUCACAGUGACUCCUAUAAAAGUAAAGCCUAUGCAGAAAUUGAACAACGCUGAAAAGAAGCAAACUGCAAAAACAGAGAGAAACAAAGAUGCCAGUAGUUCUUGUGGUAGGAAUGUGAAACAUGUAACUUUUGAGGGGCUCUCCCCACCUUCGCAGAGAAGUACUGAGCAUAAAGCCGUUCUACCGGAAUGUGACUUGCCACCUCCGGAGGAAGAGCAGUGUAGCUUCAGACCUUCUACUUCACCACUAAUUCACUCUUCUCCUAGUGAGACUUCUGGAACAGUAUUUUCAGGGUCUGAAGCUUGCACGUCGUAUUAUCAGGAACCUUCUUGCCAAGAGGGUGAACUACCUCAGUCAGUUUGCUCCAGUGUUAGCAUGAGCAGAUUAACAUAUGUCUCUGCAUCUGACAGUACCCUUAAGAACUCAACUGUAAUGUGUGAUCCAGAUACACACUUGAGUGAAACUGCUAGUGAACUGAGCACAACAAUAAUUCGAGCCAGCCCGACUCCUCAGGAACAUAGAAAUGAAAAUCUAGAAGACCACUCGUGUAAAAGAAAUAGAAAAGAAGCUCUCUUUCAUAUUGACCAGAAGUCAAAAGAAUACGAACUUGAAGGUCUUAAAAGAAAACUUAAUGAUGUACUGAGUCAAGAACUGCCCAAAGCAGAUGUUCUGAAGAAUGAAAAACAGCUAGCAUCUAUUCCUUCAAAUGUAGCAGCAAAUGAUAAAGAGCUAGACCGUGUUAAAUCGGCUUUACCAGGUAAAUGCUGUGUCCUUGAGCCGCUUUCUACUAAUGCUGAUGCACAAGAAAUGUGGCAGAAUCAAACAAACAAAGUAGAAAGACAAGGAUUGCAGUCUUUAAAUGUAUUACCCACGUAUUCUGGAUGGUUCAAUCAAAACUCAUCUGAUCAACAGUAUGUUCCUAUUCCAAGCUUUAAACCCCAUGUUACUACUUCUGAGAAUCAAGCCAUUUUUUCUGUUCCCAAAUUGCUUACAGGGCAUUCUCUUGCAACGACUCCAUAUGCACAACAGCAUCUGGGAAAUACACCAUCUACUGGAAAUCCAGUUUUGUCUCAGUUUCAAGGCUGCAGCUCUGCAGGUUUUGGUCUUCCAGCAGGGCUUCCUUGUUCUGGUAUCCCAGCAGGACAUGUUGAGAAUCCAUUUAUGGUCGGAAUUCCUUUUGGUCCAAAUAUUUGUCCUGGGUCUCUGGGGACAGCUCCACUUUGUAAUCCACAUUCUGCUUCCUGGAACAAGAAUAUCUUAAAUAUAAAAUCAUAUACUGGACAAUCACUUGGAGCUGGUAGAAAUGAGUGGGAGUUGUCAAAGUCACCUGGUGAGUGACAUGUAAAAGUACCAGAAGAAUUGAAGUUCCCUAAUGCCUGUUGUGUGGGAAUUGCAUCACAGACAGUUCUUAACAUAUUUAAUCCAACUGGACGGUGGUUGCAGGUCAGCAUUGGAAUACUCAGUGUUUCAGUUAAUGGGAAAAAGAUGGAUCCUGUGAAAUAUCAAUGUCUGGUUUUCAAGAGCAAAACCAUCGUAGGACCCUAUUCUACCAGUGAUGUGAAAAUACUUUUCUUACCUUGUCAUUCGGGAGUCUUUCAGUGUAUUCUCAAUGUUUCAUCGUGGCCAGUUUCUGCAGAUGCUGAGACAGUUGUUCAGGCUGAAGCUUUGGCAAGCAGGGUAGUUCUGACAGCAGUUGCUGAAAAUCCUAAUUUAGAAGUGGACACAGGAAAAAGAGAUUACCUGGAUUUUGGUGACUUGACUUCUGGCAGUUGGAAGGCACUUCCACUAAAACUUAUCAACAAAACCCAUGCGUUUGUGCCAAUUAGACUUAUUAUUAACGCUAAUGCAGUAGCUUGGAGUUGCUUUACUUUUUCCAAGGAACCGGUUAAUUCUUGUAAAGAGCAAUCACUUCAAAUGGAUGCAGUUUCUCAGAUACCAACUCCAUCAGUUGUAAACCAUGUGAUACAUGCAAGCCAUGAUGGACAAGAUCCUGAAGCUUUAACAGUUUGGGUUGUAUUCCAUGCACCUAAGAAACAAAUUUCUUCUUCAGAUUCCCUGGGUCCAGCAGAUGAAUUCUUGGCAAGAGUUGAUGUGGAAUUGGAUAGUCCAGGACCUAGCAGUGUAAUUAAAAGUAUUCCUCUCCGAGCAAGAGCUGGAACAGCAAGGAUACAUGCUCCAAAGACCUUACAGACAAUAUAUUUCUCUACUAGUGUGGGUUCAACAGCCAAACAACAGCUGCCAUUGAAAAAUGCUGGAAACAUUGGUGUGAAUUUGAAAGUUAAGGCAUCAAAUGAGGACAGCUGCUUUGCUGUUGAAUCUGAGGAUCUUUUCCUUCUUCCUGGACAAGAACAAGAAGUCACUGUCCUAUUUUGUCCAAAAACCAAAACAAAUACAGAAAGUUCUCUGAAAGUCCUUGUGCUGCCAUCUGGGCCUCAGUAUGAAGUGAUGUUAAAAGGUGAGGUGAAAUCUGAGGAAAAAAGACCUACUGGCUUCUCAGACAUCCCACCCAUUCUCUCCAACAAACAAUUCAUUGCCUGGGGAGCAGUAACACUCGGAGCAUCAGUCCAGCAGAAGUUAACUUUAAGAAAUGACUCUCCAUCUGUAACCCAGCAUUUAAGACUGUUGAUAAGAGGUCCAGAUCAAGACUGCUUUCAGCUGCAAAGUAUAUUUGGAUCAGACGAACGCUUGACUAGUAAUUGGGAACUCAAAAUUCGUCCCAAAGAAGAUACAAACAUAUACUUGAUGUUUACACCUACUCGAGUAACUUGCUGCUUUGCAAAGCUGGAAAUCAAACAUCUGGGGAUUCAGUCACAGCCAGGAAUUAAGUUUACUAUACCGUUGUCAGGAUAUGGAGGAACAAGCAAUGUAACUAUAGAUAAUACUGGUAAUCUCUUAGGUACUUAUAUAGUAACACUGGAUGAAAUAUUACCUGCAAGAUUAAGGAGAACUUCCUUCCGCAUAAGAAAUACAGGUUCUCGGGCUGCCUAUGUUAAAGCUCUGUGCUUUUCAAGCCUAACAACAAAAACAGUUAUGGAUCCUCAGGUAAUGAUGGUGUCUCCAGAGAAGUUUGUACUAAGAGAAGGAAUGCAUGAAGUGAUUACUAUAAUGUGGAAUCCAGUGGAAAACGAGAAAGUUGAUAAAAAAAAUGCAUUUGUAUCAACAGUAUGUCUUUUUUGGGGAGAUGAAAUUUCUAGGCAGCAAUAUCGUAGAGCAUUGUUGGAUAAACCAAUGGCUGGAAACCAGAUACUUUCAGGAAAGACCCUCUUGAGAAAUAUUGCAUUUGAUGAAGAAUUUCAAGGGGAGCAGCUUGUGACAGAAGUAUAUGAUAUCCCGCAGAAACCAAACGAUAUCUAUCUGUUCUAUGCAAACAUGCAAAAGAUUAUAAUUUUUGUGUUUGGAAGUUCCACUGUUGAUCAGGAUGGAUUUCAGCAGUCUCCUGGACGUCAUUUGGAAUCGGACAGAUGUCAGUGUCCUGUCAGAAAUAUGAGUGCAACUUUGGAUGUUCUUCCUGUUAGAGGACCUCAAGGUCCUCCAUUACCUGUAAAAACUGAUCAUCUGGUUCAGAAUAAAUCAGAUGCUCAACAGACUUGGGCUGUUAAACCUGAGUACUUGACUUUGACACAACCUUCUAUUAGUGGAACAGCUGACACUGAACAUGUACAAAUUGUCAACAAUUCUAAUAGGAUGUUGACAUUUGAGCUUUUGUGGCCAGCUCACUGCCUUACUAUUACUCCACAACAUGGAGUUAUUGAACCAGAGAGCAGUGUACAAGUUCUGGUGAGUCCUAAUCCAUCUCUUGCCACAAAGCCUUCAUUAAUUCCUUGGAGUGGCCUAAUAUAUAUCCAUUGUGAUAAUGGACAAAAGUUUAUUAAGGUGCAGAUUCAAGAGAAAGCUGCAGAGAGUGUGUCUGGAACAGGGUUUCCGUGUAAAGGAUGUAACAUAUAUAGCCCACAGCCUCAAAAUCCUACUGUUCGUAUGGCAAGCCCUCUCCCAGUGGUCCCUCCAACAGCAAUGGAAAUUAAGAACAGAACCAUUAUUUUUCCUAGAACAAGACCUGACCAAAGCUCAGAGAGUUACUUGGAAAUGGAGAAUAAAGGGGUUGAAAACAUGAAGUGGAAUUUGUCAUCUUUUGCACCACCCUAUGUUAAAGAUGUGGAUGGAACUGGUUGUGUUUAUAGGGUUGGUUACUCCGUUUUCCGAUGUUCCCGUGUUUCUGGUAUUCUUGAAGCUCAUGGGGAAGAGAAGGUAGCUGUAAUCUUUUUACCUAGAGAUAAAGGGGAAUACUCCCAGUUCUGGGACCUUGAGUGUCACCCAGUUGAAAAACCUAGCUGCAAACACAGAUUCAGAUUUCAUUUUUCUGGAGCAGGUAGUAAAGCAGAAGAAGAAAGUUUAGGUGUGAAAGCUUCUCCAAGUGCCCUCACAAAAUCUGGAGCAUAUACAAUUAAAACAAGGUAUGUAUGGACAAAACUUGAAACAAAGGAGCUGCAACAAAAUGAGGUAAUUCGUGGGAUAUAUGCACCAGAAGACUUGUACACUUUUCCUCCAACUAGAGUUGGGGAAUCAUGCACAUUAAAGGUCAACUUGCGGAAUAAUUCCUUUGCAACACACCUGCUGAAAUUCCUAAGACCCAGAGAGCCUUUCUACAUCAAGCACUCACAAUACUCUUUAAGAUCCCAUCAUUACAUUAAUGUACCAGUCCAAUUCAAGCCAAAGGCAGAAGGAAAAUUUGAAGGCUUCUUCAUUGCACUGUCAAGCAGACAUAAUCCAGUUACUAUUCGGUUAUGUGAGGAUUCCUUGCUGUAGGUAAGGGAUCAAGCUGCUUGCUCUUAG